AAGAAAAGUCUAUAAACUCAUUGAUCAAAUUCAAAUAUUGAGGUUAGGACGGUAAAAGCUGACCCUGACAAAAAGCUCCAUUACGCCUGAGCGCAAAUGCUAAACUGACUGUCAACGCAACGAACGAAAAGCACCAACAACACUAUCAAUUUAUUGUGUGUACUUAUAUGUCGUUUGCCUUUGGUCAAAACCAAAAACGCGACCGAGAAACACAAACGGAUUGCUACCGAACCAAAAUAUGAAAACAAAAACAAAAAGUGAAAAAAAGAAUGUUAAAUUUUGAACGUUGCGAUGAAUCAGCGAAAUUAUGCAAAAAGGAAGCGCUGGCCAUGAAGUUGAGCAAAUGAAAACGACAGCGAAGCGCUGCCACAGCGGCAAAAAUCAUAAACAGAGCAGACAAGAGCAACGUUAAAGGCGGCGUUGCCAAUAAGGGCAUAGUGUAGCCGAAAUACGAUUAAAGAUGAGCUGAGCUGGGCUCAGCCAAGGUGAAGUGAGCUGAGACAGAAACACAAAUCGAGAGUCGUCAAAGCAAAGCUGAGCUAGAAAUUGUUGCAUUUGGACUUGAGGGGAUUCCAGAUUUCGUUUUGUUCUCUUUUGCCCAGUUUUCGACAACAACAACGAAGCCGCUCAAGCAGAAUGACCGACACGGAUGUGGACCUGGAGAAAGUGCCUCGCCUUGGACUGCGUCAUCUGCAGGCUUUGCUGCUGUUCCUGGGCCUGGUCGUUAAUACCACACUGCAGUUCAAUGUGGGCGUGGCCGUGGUGGCCAUGACAAAUGCCACGUCCGUGAAUGUCGACGUACCCCACUACAACUGGACGGAGCCAGAGAAAUCCUACGUCCUGUCCAGCUUCUACUGGGGCUCGGCGCUGACCCAGUUUGCCGGCGGCUAUCUAUGCAAACGUUUCGGCGUCAAGUCGGUGCUCUUCCUGGGCAGCUUCGGAUCCGCCUUGCUGAGCUCCCUGACGCCGCACGGCAUCUAUAUGGGCGGGUGGCGCGCCUACUGCUGCAUACGCCUGAUGCAGGGCCUCUGCCAGGGCCUCACGCUGCCCUGCAUCCACCAGCAUCUGGCCAACUGGGCGCCAGCGGUGGAGCGCACGCGCCUAGGCGCCUUCGCCUACACGGGCUUCGAUUGCGGCAACGUGUUGGCCAUGUACGCAGCCGGCAUGCUGGCCAGCUCCAGCUGGGGCUGGCCGGGCAUCAGCUACGUCUCCGGUGCCGUCGGCCUGUCCUGGUGCAUGCUGUGGCUGCUGUUUGGAGCCAAUCGGGCCAGCGAGGCGCCUUGCAUUGGCCGCGCCGAGCAGCGCUACAUCAUUGGCGACCUGCAGCGCAGCCUGCGGCGGGAGCGCAAGAUGGCUAUACCGUGGCGCGGCAUCUUCACAUCGGCGCCGUUCUAUGCGCUGCUCUGUGCCCGCUGCGCGGACACAUGGGGCCUGGCCACGAUGCAGACGGAGCUGCCCUCCUACCUGAACGGCGUGCUGGGCCUGCAGAUGCACAGCAAUGCGUUCUUCUCGGCGCUGCCCUUCCUGCUCAUGUGGGCCAUGUGCUAUGUCUAUCUGAUCAUUGCGGACGUGCUGCUGCAGGGACGUCGGCUCAGUUUGACGGCGCUGCGGAAGACGUACAACAGCAUCGCCCUGUGGACACCGGCUGUCAUUAUGAUGGCCCUGGGGUUUGUGGAGGCCACACAGAAGCCCCUGGCCCUGGCCCUGGUCACGCUCAGCGUGGGCGUCAGCAGUGCGGCGACAAUUGGCAGCGAGCUGAACACAAUUGAUCUAUCGCCUGUCCAUGCCAGCAUACUGUCUGGCAUCCUGAGCACCUUCACCAAUCUGGUGGCCAUGCUCACGCCCCUUGUGGUGGGCGUGUUGGUGCAACAUCCCACAGAGCGCCGCGAGUGGCAGAUUGUGUUUAGCAUUGCGGCCACGGUGCUAUUCGCCGGCAAUAUCAUCUACCUCAUUUGGGGCACGGCCGAGACGCAGCCCUGGAAUGACAAUGACACCAAGAGCGAGGCGGGGAGCGAAUUCGAGGAUGCCAAGCUGGAGAUAGCUCCAGUGGAGACAGCUCCAGCUUACGAAAAGACACGAACUGCAGCCUGAUUACUUAAAAUAUGCCAAUCCAGACGUUAGCCCAACGUAGGAUCGUAUUCUAAAAGCCAAAACUUAAACUAAUUUCACAUAGGUUCGAUAAGUCUAAGGCUGUAGAAUGAGAAGACUUGACGCCCUUUCACACUUAUCCAUUUAUAUGCCUAAAUUGUUUAAU